AUGGAUUCCACCGGGGCUGGCAGUUCUCCAGAGAAAAGCUCCUCUCCGGAUCCCAAGCCGCCAGCAUCUUCAUCUGAAGCUGAUACAGGCACUGGCGCUUCUGCAAGUGCCGGUACCGGUGCGGCGGCAUCGGGUAGCCAAGAGGACCCCCCAAAGAAGGCACCAGUUAGGAAGAGAACAAAGACCGGUUGUCUCACUUGUCGAAAGCGACGCAUCAAAUGUGACGAAGCCAAGCCGAUCUGUAACAACUGCACCAAAUCCAAGAGACAAUGUGAAGGCUACAACCAACGACUCACGUUCAAGGAGCCUCUGAGUUCUUACGGCCAUGGCCCUACUCACUUUGGGCAUCCCGUAUACCAUCAGCAGAACCGAAAUCAAUCUAUCGGUGCUCCUCUGACGGCUACUCAGGCCAAAGCAGCAGCACAACAAGGAUCACUUGCUGCUAUCGCGCCAAAGCCACCACAAGUCGACUUUACGGGCACGGUGCCCAUGUCCUUUGCGGCGCCGCAACAACAACAACACCAGACACACCGCCCCUUUCUGGCCGCUCAAGCUGGAGGUCCGGCUUCACAGACAUCUUUCUAUGGACAACUACCUAGUCCCAGCCAAAGCGUCUCUUCAGUAGGUCCUCCACCGGCGUCAGGCUGCCUUCCUCAACAUGCAUACGAGAGUGCCUUCCAGUUGAUGUCUCCGACACAUGGCUAUGAGCCGAACCGGGUGAUUGAGGCAGGUUCAUCCAACUACAGCCACGCUUGGACAGCGACAAGUAAACAACACGGCCGGAUUGUUGAAGAGGAUGGGUUGCAACCUGACGUCAAUGGGUUCGUCAAGGAGGAAACGUACUGGCAGUCCGACGAUGAGGCAUCCAUGGCCGACUCGGAAGAUGAAGAUAUCCCCAUGGAUGUCCACGAUGCGCAUCUCAAGUCAAAUGACCUCGGUAUCCACGUAGCCAGGCGGCUAGUAGCCCCCGCGGACGCAUAUGGUGUUCAGAUGAGAACUGUUGCUGGGUUCCCGGAGAUGAACGUCUUACAAACGUACAUCCCCUCAUCCAUGAGCUCGCCUCUCAACGACUCUCAGACUGCCGCCGUGUUUUGGUACUUUGUCAACGUCACCGGGCAGAGCAUGUCGCUUUACGAAAGACAUCCGUUCGAUCCCACACCCAUGUUCCAUGGCCAACCAGUGCCCAAGACCAGGCAACAUAUUUGGACUUACACUUUCCCCAUCAUGGCCUUCAACCAUCCCGCUUUGAUGCAAGCCAUUCUCGCCCUAGCCAGUCUGCAAAUAGCCAACCUAGCCCAAGUUCCCGCCACAGCAGCCAUGAAGCACUACCACCUCUGUCUGCGCCGGAUCGCCCGAAACUACCAAAGCCCCAGCCGGCGCACGCAACCGGCUACUCUCGCAGCCACGCUCCUGCUUGGCUACUACGAAGUCUGGAACUCGGACCACGACAAGUGGUGCCGACACAUGUGGGGAGCGCACGCUAUCAUGAAAGAGAUUCCCUUCCUGAAGAUGACCAAGGAGAUCUUUGCCCAUCAACGAGAACGACAGCCCACUGCUUCUCUCGGUCCUGAUCUCGCCCUGUACGAGGUCGACACGGAGCUGAUCAGUCAGCUGACGGGCAAGAAGGUCACCUAUGAUGAUCCGGAGGUGGCGAGCAAGAAGCGGCCGUAUACGGAGAAGGACCUUGAGACUUAUCAGCAGCUGAGGGAUCUGUACUGGUGGUAUUGCAAGAUGGAUGUUUAUCAGAGUAUUUUGGGAGGGACAAGGUUAUUUAUGCCGUAUGAUCAAUGGGCUCAGUGUGCGCCGAGAGGAGAGUGUGGGAGGAUGGAUGCCAUCUACGGCACCUUCGACCACUUAAUGCUCCUCCUCGGCCGCGUAGCGAACUUUGCUUCCCGAGACCUCGCCCGCAAGCGAAAAGCGCGCCGAGCCGGUGGCCCCCCUGGCAGCGCCGGACGAGGACAAGGACCACCAGGACAUGGCUCACCCGGUCAAGGAGGGCCACCACCACCAGGCCAAGGCCCUCCUCCCGGCCACGGCGGUCCACCCCGAGGAGGCCCCCCUUCUUCCUCCUCCUCCUCCUCCUCCUCCGCUGGGCGCGGUCAAUCCCCAUCUCUCUUCGCCGGCCUCAUGCCCACAAAGGGUACCUUCAUCCCGCCUCAAGGCUUCUCCCCGCCCCGCGACCCGACCACCCCCGACACCGACUCCACCGACGACAUGGACUACGACACAGCCACGCUCGCCGCCUUUCGCGAAUGGGACGAGAUCCGCUCAGCCUUUGAGCUCUUCAAGUCCCGACUCGGCCCGGACUUUGCGCCCAUGGGUCCCGAUCUCGCCACGCCGGAAAUGACCCCCUUUGGACCCGCCUUGAUGUACAGGACGUAUAGUAUUGCGGGCAUUUGGAUGAACUACUACAUGGGAUUGAUCGCGCUGCAGAGGGCGCAUCCCGCGAUGCCGCCCGUGGCGAUGAUUGCGGCGGGGAUGAGCGCGGAAAAGACGGCGCCGUGGGCAUAUACGGUUGCAAGGAUCGCCGCGGGGUUGCAUGAGGAUACGAGCCAUGUCAGUGCGUUCCAAGAACCCCCCCAACGCCACUGGCUCAUCUCCCGUCUACACGACAUGGCCCGCCUAACAGGAUGGCAAUCCGCCCGCCAGAUCGCCGACGGGUGCGAAUCCGGGUGGAUGAAGGCUGCGGAAAUGGGUCGUGGUCCACCGUAUCGACGGCUUUCUUCUUCUUCUUUUUCGGGUAGUAGUAAUAGUAAUUUUCUACCGAUUUGGAUGAGACCACGAAGAAUCGACAAGAAGAUCCGGGAGGAGCAGGCGGGAGAGAAUCGGUUGGUGCUGGCUAGGACGGAGCAUGCGCAUUUUGCGCUGGGGUUGUUGUCGGUCGAACAGGAUUUGGAUCGGUUGGAGUUGAGUGAGGGGGAGUAA